AUGGGCGGGCGGCGGCGCUUCCGCGGCGGCCGGAAGGACGCGGCCGGGGACGGUCCCUCCCUGCCGUGCCCGGAGGAGCCGAUGGGGCCCGGGAGCCUCUCGCGGUCGUUGCUGCUGCGCUGCCGGCGGGCGGCGGCGGCGGCGGCUCUGGGCGCGCCCCGCUGGCACUGCCGCCCUCUGCCCGCCCGCCCGCUCAGCGCCGCCGCUCGGCUCAGGGCUCCGCACCCGCCGGGCACGGGCGGCGGGGGGAGGCGCAAGGGGGCGGCGGGCUACGGCGGGCGAGGAGAAGAAGAAGAGGAGGAGGAAGAAGAAGAGGAGGAGGAGGAUGAGGCAGAGCUGGAGGAGCUGCUGGGCCCCUCUCCGCUGGCCCUGGAGCCUGGCGCGCAGCGCGUUGCCAUCGUGCACCCCGCGGUCAAGUGGGGCCCGAGGAAGUCGCCGCUCACCACGGCUGAAUUACAGAUUGCUGAGGCCGUCGCUCUUGUAGAUACUCUUCAGAAUUGGACAGUUUUAGAUAAAAUAAUUAUUCCUACAAAAAAUCCUGACAAGAAGUUUGUUUUUGGCAAAGGGAACUUUCAGGUUUUGACAGAAAAGAUUAAAAAAUUGCCACACCUGACAGCUGUCUUCUUGAAUGUGGAAAGAGUAUCUUCACUGACAAAGAAAGAACUAGAAGGUGCCUGGGGUGUGAAAGUCUUUGACAGAUACACCAUUGUACUUCACAUUUUUCGUUGUAAUGCCCGGACUAAAGAAGCAAAACUGCAGAUAGCUUUGGCCGAAAUUCCACUUCUCAGGUCAAAUCUGAAAAAUGAGGUGUCUCAGCGAGAUCAGCAGAGAGGUGGAUCACGGUAUAUCAUGGGCUCAGGGGAAACAUUUCUGGAGACACAGAAUCGUAUCUUGAAAGAAAGAGAACUUAAAAUUAGGAAUGCCCUGGAGAAACUAAGAAGAAAAAGGUCUUUACUUAGAACUCAGCGCAGAAAACGCGAGUUUCCGAUGGUCUCAGUCAUGGGCUAUACUAACUGUGGAAAAACUACUUUGAUCAAGGCUUUGACUGGGGAAGCAGGACUUCAACCCAGGGAUCAGCUGUUUGCCACUCUCGAUAUUACAGCCCAUGCUGGCUAUCUGCCCUCACAUAUGGCAGUUAUUUAUGUUGACACCAUUGGGUUCCUGACUGAUCUUCCACAUAAUCUGGUUGAGUCCUUUUCAGCUACAUUAGAAGAAGUGGCUUACACAGAUCUGAUAGUUCACGUGAGGGAUAUUACUCAUCCAGAAACCAUUCUCCAGAAAGCAACUGUUCUGUCAGUUCUGAAGAAUCUUAAUCUUCCCAGCCAUUUAUUGGACUCAAUAGUAGAAGUUCAUAACAAAGUGGACUUGAUAGAAAGGUAUAAACCCACAGAAGAAAACGCUUUAGCUAUUUCUGCUCUACAUGGGCAUGGUUUAGAAGAACUGAAACAAGAAAUAGAGAAGAAAAUACUGACAGCAACAGGGAAGAAGAUUCUGACAAUUGAUGUCAACUUAGAGGGACCUCAACUAAGUUGGCUAUAUAAAGAAGCAACAGUUCAGGAAGUAGAAGUCAUGCCUGAAGAUGGCACAGCCAGGGUGAAGGUGAUAAUCAGCAGUUCUGCUUUUGGCAGAUACAAAAACCUCUUUCCCAACAGUAAGAUUUUCAUGUCAUGAAACUGAAUCCUUUUCUAGGAAAAGAAACUGGUAUCAUUAAGAGGAUGCAAAAUGAAGUUAAUUACCUGUUAGUCCCAGUGUUGAGAAGUUUAUUUUUCUUCCCCUAUUGAUGUUUUUGACACAUUUUAGAAAUGGACACUGUUUCAGAAAACUUCUGUUUGGAAACAAUGAGACCUUUGAGCUUAAUUUUAUCAGCAAGUGCAAGGACAACACUAAAUUUUUAAUGUUAAAACUGUUGCUGGCUAUAAGCUGUGGACCUCAAACACAUGGAAUGGCAUCUGACUUAACCUUCAGAAAAGUACCAAGUUCCUUAUAUCAUAUAAGUAAAGCUUUUUAUCCCCUUUUUCGAAAUAAAAUAUUUAUUAUAGUUGUUUCAGAUGAUCUUUGGAAAAUGAAAGUAAGUGAACAAAAUGUUGUUGUAUAUAAAUAAGUAUGUAUUCAAGCAGAAUGCAUGAACAUAAACAAAAUAACUGCCAUGUCAUACUGCAGUGAAGAAAAAACUCCAUAGAUUUGUAUAUUAAAGUAUUGAAUAAAGUUAGCUGUGAACAUCUUUUA